AUGUCGUCCGCCGUAGCAGACCUGGAGAACAACCUCCAGGCCAUGCUUGCCCUCAAGCCUCCUGGCGUUUCUGGAUCCAAGAUCAGUACUCUGACCAGCCUUUGCAUCGCCAACGUUCAGUCCGAGUCAGUUCUCGUCCAGAAGAUUUACACCCACUUCAAGAAAGCCCCCAGUACACAUAAGCUUGGUGUGCUCUACGUUGUAGACUCUGUAACCCGCAAAUGGUUGGAACAGGCCAAACAGCAGGGCCAGCCCGUCGGCAGCUCCGCCCCAGAUGGCAGCUUCGCCGCUGGCGUCAACAGGGUGACGGAGCUCAUGCCAGUCCUCAUGAACGACAUUAUCUCCUCUGCCCCACAGGAUCAAAGGGAGAAGAUCAGAAAGCUAGUCGAUAUCUGGGAGAAAGGACAGACCUUCCCCGGCAAGAUGAUCGAGGGUUUCAAGGACAAGUUGAAUAACCAAUCUACAACUCCUCCUGGCAGCCCACCACCAAACACGCUGCCCUCCCUCAGCAACCGGCCAACGCCAGCUCCGCCAGUCCCAGCCAACAUCAUGGAAACUCUGGCAAACAUCGCCCGCCUGAAUGCCAACAACACUCACAACACCCCCGCCAGUUCUGCUCCGGCACCAGCUCCGGUGUCCACCCCGUAUGCUGCCGCCGGACCCUCCAGUACCCCUGCAGCUCCUCCAUCAUUUAUGAACGCUCUUCAGCAGGGCAUGCCCUUUUUACCAACAUCACAAGCGGCAGCUCCGACUGUAAAUCCGCCUGCGCCGCCAUUCAUGGCACCUCAGCCUCAACCUGCGCAGCUGCCCAACUUUGGUGCUCAGAAUGGAAUUCCUGCCGCCGCACCAGGUCUGCAAGCAGGUGCCACUGAUCCAACCGCAUUACAAGUGGCCCUCAUCCAGCAGUUAAUUCAAAAGGGGGUACCUCCAGAACAGAUUGCUGCUGUCGUGAAAGCACUGGGGUCUAACACUCCUGUGGCUGCCCCUCAAGUAUCUCAGCCGAGUCAAGGCUCCUACUCGCUGCCUCCCAAUGAACCCACGGAAGGUCUCGUUCGCGAUCUCCAGGAAGACACUGGGAGCAUCGUGAUUCUCCACGUGGUCGUGAUGAGCGGCGCUUUGGAGACUAUGGACGUAAUUCUCCUCCGCGUGAUCGCUACGAUGAUCGUGACCGCAGUCCAAAAGUGGAUAGAGCACGACCCAAGCCUGCCCAGCGGGUGUAUCAAGGUGUUAAGCCGCACUCUCUUUGUUGGCGGCGUGAACUGCUCCGAGAACGAGCUGCGGAGCAUCUUCAAUGGCUUCGGUACCGUCCAGACCUGCAUUGUAAACAAGGAGAAGCGCCAUGCAUUCGUCAAGAUGUACAGUCGUAAAGACGCCGUCAACGCCAAGGAAGCCAUGGACUCAGGACGCAGCCCAGACGCACAACUGCGCACUCGCUGGGGCGUCGGCUUCGGACCUCGUGACUGCAGCGACUACCAGACGGGAAUUAGUGUCAUCCCGAUUCACAAGCUUACCGAAGCGGAUCGCAAAUGGAUGCUCACGGCGCCUUACGGCGGAAGCGGUGGCCAAACGAUUACACAUGGCAUGGUCGUUGAGGAGCCGGACAUCGAGAUUGGUGCCGGUGUGUCAUCCAAGGCCAUCAGCAGGCGCAUGCAGACGGACAAGGGCGGUAGCCACGGCCCUAAAUCAUCUCAUCGUGACAGUGAUGACCGUCCCGAACGGGGCGGCCGCCACGGCAGACGCGGUGGUGGUGGAAGAGGUGACCAUCGCAACCGCGAUGAUGACCGGCCGGCCAACAAUCACAGCGCACCAGCCGAGCCGGUUGUGCCCGCGUUCCCCUACGGCAUCUCGACUGACUCGAAUGGAUUCCCCGUCUUCCCACCCGGCUUUGCGUUCCCAGCUCCCGAUGCGACCACCAACCCUCCAUACUAG